GGCGGGGCUUAGAGACAACAAGCAAACAUCUGAUUGGCCUGAGACACUCUUCGGUUCCGUCUGCUGCUUUGUGAUUCGCCGAUAAAGAAAUGUCUGGUUUCUGUCAGGUGGAGUCCUCGCUCGCUCCCGCGCCUGUAAAAUGUUGACAGACGUGAUUUUGGAGGGAGAGUUUGACAAGAAUGGAGAGUCCUGGUACGACCCGCAGGACCUUGAACACGAUCUCCAUUUGGCAGCGGAGCUGGGAAAAACCCUCCUCGACAGGAACCAUGAUCUGGAGCAGGCCCUCCAGCAGAUGUACUCCACCAACCAGGAGCAGCUGCAGGAGAUAGAGUACCUGACCAAGCAGGUGGACCUGCUGCGUCAGAUGAACGACCAGCAUGCCAAAGUGUACGAACAGCUAGACAUGACCGCCAGGGAUCUUGAGCAAGGCAACCGGAGACUAGUGCAGGACAAUCGCCUGGCCCAGCAGAAGAUCCACAGUCUAACAGAGAUCAUUGAUGGGCUUCAGACCCACAUGGAGGACCUACAGACCCAGGUGGACAAGCUCAAGGCUGCUCAGGAAGAGAGAAACAAAAGAGAGCUGGCGGAGCAGCGACGUAGCCUCGGAGCGCAGAGCGUGUCCUGUCUCAAAGAGCUGUAUGACCUACACCAGGACAGGUACCAAGCCCAGGACAGUCCGAGCGUGGACGGACUCUGGUCACCUCGGGGCUCUUUCUGUGACCGAGACAGACGCCAAGACCCGGAGGAGGAGAACGCGGCCCUCCAGCACUCCAUCCAGACCCUUCAGGCCCAGAUAGCUGCCGAGCGGAGCCGCAGAGAGGCUGCAGAGCGGGAGUGUGAGUUGACAGCCAGCGAGAACAGAGGCCUGGAGCAGCGGCUGUCCCUGCUGGCCGGCUGCUGGGCCAGGCAGAAAGAGCUGGAGGCCGAGGUUGAGCAGCUGCGGCUUCUGUGGCGCGCCGACUGUGCCAAAAGUGUCAGGAGACCAGACCAGCUGCUGUUGCCUGACACGGUAUUCUUCGCCUCAGAGGAAAAGCCCAGCCCCGGGCAGAGCGACACAGAGGAGAAGGCAGAAAAUGACGACGAGCAGAGAAGAUACAGUCGACAGAGGUCUAACAGCGACAGCAUUUUGAAAGCGACAAACCCAGACGAGAUUCGCCGCGGUCACGAGCAGCUGUGUAUAAGGCGAGCAGAGGCGGUGAAACAGAGGGGCAUCUCUCUGCUCAAUGAGGUGGAUGCACAGUACAGUGCCCUGCAGGUGAAAUAUGACGAGCUGCUGCAGCGAUGCCAGCAGGCGACAGACGGACUCAGCCAUAAAGCCGUCCAGACAUCCACUAGUCCCUUUGCAAGCGUCCGGACCCGCCGCCGCCUGUCCAGCUCGGCCGCUCUGCCCGACCUGCCAGCGGUUCUGGAAGACGGCCAGCAGCCAGAGUACAAGGCUCUCUUCAAGGAGAUCUUCACCUGCAUCCAAAAGACCAAAGAGGACCUCAGCGAAAACAGACGUCCAGCCAGGGACAGUGACUUCCAGACCUCUGGUUAAUGAUUGUAUUAUUCAUAACUCUGGGACCUGGAGCUUGCACUCGUUUGUGUCUGUGAAAGUUUUUGACGAAGGAGGUAGCUCUGCCAUAGAAAUAUCCAGAGGGUGCAGAUGCAAUAAACACACUCAGUCCUUGUGCGUCUUAGACACGCUGCAAUCCUCUUAUCUCCUGUCAUGUUGACACACCUUUACUUUUGUCAGUCAGCACUGUUCCUUUUAUUCCGUCCUUAUCAAAAAUGAAGUGUUAUAAACCUUGUUAUACAAAGCAGCUAUAUGAUUUGACAUAAAGAUGCAUUCCAAAGUACAACAACAAAUAUGCAGAAAACUAUAUUGUAAAGAAAUAUUGUGUAGGGAGAUAUUUAUAAUUAGAUUAAUAUGUUCUAACAGAUCCUUUAUUAAUAAAAAAAUAAUAUUUCGGUAUGUAGCUUGACCUCCAAAUCUGCAAGUAUUAUGUCCAACAACAACAGUAUUCCGUGUUUAUUUAAUGUUAACCACAUGAUCGUUUGGUGCUUGGGAGAGAAACACACACAUGGAAUAUUGUUUGUGUGUUGAUAAAAGUUGGAGACAUAGCAGUUAUAUAUGACUUAUGCAAACAGAAAUGUUGGAAUGUUGUAAUAGGAUGAAAAACUGUAGCUGUGUAAUAACUAAAGACUCAUGAGUUUAUGAUAAUUAGCUUAACAGCUAGUGUGAGUUGGUUUUUGUAAGUUGGCAAUAGUUGGUUCACCAGUUGAGGGUCAUUGGUAUGUCACCAGAGAGAUUUCAGUGGACACUGGAAUACUGUUUGUAAUACUCUGCUUUGUGUUUUCAUGUCCGUGCACAGCUUAGGCUCUGAUAAGUGUCUUCAUGCCAGUAGUACACAUAACAGCCCUGCACUUGUUUAUAAUUGAAUCACAGUUUGUUUUAUUUAUUUUUUAUUUUUUUGGAAAGAAGUCUAGAAGAUUACAAUGUUAUUUAUUUUCUUUAUUUCUAAAUACUUAGAGCAGAUUAGUCAGCUGAGAGUGACUGGAAUUGAAAUUAUAUGCACACUGUGGUGCUUUUUCUAUGGUUGUAAAUAUUCUGUCUGACACAGGUGAUUGAAAAAAAUAUAAUAGAGAGGUAAAUGGAAAGCACAAAAGAAAUGUUCCCUUGUUUAUAAACAACUUCCUUUGCCUCAAAUUCUCGUUGUAUUUCCUCUGGCUGGGACAUUCACUUGUCUUGAUAUGGAAAUAAAUUGUGUUCAUCGGGUCAGCAUAAGCAACAAAGAAACUUCAACAACCGUUUAUUCUUGUAACCAUUUCAGUUUUUGAAAAUAUGAUGGGACCUCUCAGCCAUAUGUAGGCAAAAUCAAAACUAUCCAGGGGCUCAGCUGUUAUUGGUUGAAUUUAAAUUGACAAAUAUCAUACCACUGACCCUGUCCGCAAUCAAACUGCAGAUCUCAUGAAAGAGAAGAUGCUUAAUGAACAAUGCUGAGGGCAUUUAGCAAUACCUUUUUUUGAAGCUGUGAAGUGGACUGUAUACAGAAAACAUCUCUGUAUGAUUACAGGUGUUCUCCGUGAAGACAUGUCUUUGCUUGUGACUAACUAGUAAAAACAUUAAUGCAGGA